GUCUCUUCGAUCCUUGAAUUCGAGCUCAGCCGCCGUGGGGUUCGCAGUCCCACCAUCUCAGUGUGUGUGCAGUCAAGGCGAAGGAAGGAUUCUUCACUCUUUGGCGAGCUCCCACUUCUCACGGAACUGGACUUUUCAACCUUAACAAAAGCCUCACUUUGACGUUUUUUGUUUUCAGAUUUUUUUUGUGUUUAGAUCACCUAACGGUAACCAAAGUAAUAAUGGGAGCCCACAUGUCCAAGGGAGAUGUAGCUGUUGAGGGGAAUGCGGCCCCCGAGCCUGCCGCUGCCAAAGCCAACGGCCAGGAAAAUGGUCAUGUCAAGACCAACGGGGAUGUGUCCGUCAAGCCUGACGGGGAUGCGGCUGCCGCAGAUGGUAACGGCGCGGCCGAACCAGCUAAGGAAGGGGAGGCUUGCGCCGGGGAUGCCAUUGAGCCCGCUCCCGCGGCAGAGGGUGAGGCUGCCAAGCCAGAGGCUGAGGCCCCCAAGGAUGGAAAGAAGAAAAAGAAGUUCUCUCUGAAGAACUCCUUCAAGUUCAAGGGCAUCUCGCUGAAGAAGAGCAAGAAGGGCAGCGAAGAGGCCAAGGAGGAGGCCACCUCCCCCGCAGGCGAGGAGAAGCCCGAGGAGAACGGCCACACAACCAAGGAAGCCAAAGACGAGACGCCAGCCGCCGAGGCCAAGGAAGGCGAGGCCGCCGCCCCGGAGGGGGAGACCGAGGACGCCGAGGAGGCCCCUCCGGCCACGGAGGCCACUCCGGCCGAGGAGGCCUUUCCCGCCGCUGCCCCAGCCCCCGCUGAGGAAACGACACCCGCGGCCCCCGAGAGCGACGCCAGCGUGGAGUGAAUGCGCCCCAGUGACUGAACUCAUUUUCCAAGAUUAAAAUAUAUAAAUAUAUAUGAGACUCAUGCCACGUUCUUAAAGUUAUACAACAAAACUACAACAGAAGACAAAGGAUAUAUCACAUUUGCUGAUUCAGCCACCAGUUUACUUGCCUUUUUUUUGACAGACGGAAUCUCACCGGGCCCUCAAAUUGAUGAAUUGAUGGUACACACAUACAGACUGUGACUGGCAUGUGGAGAAGGUAGCGACCUGGAGGUGGCGCGAAUCAGGAGUACAAUACUGACCCCCCCCCCCCAACCUCGGCCCCACGGAAGAGCAUCCCAUCAGCGUGGCAGCCCUAUAACAUUUGAUCUUUUUUUUUUUCUCAUUCUGGGAUCUUAACUACCGCUGUCGCUGCAGAGCGGGGCGUACAGUCUCCUUCACUCCAAAUGACUGUUAAAGGAUUUCAUAUGAUUUUAUUCAUUUUUAGAAUGCUACAUUCCUGUGUUUUACCCACAAAUUCCAAGUAUUUUCUCAUGUAUAGGAAAAAAAACACUGAGGGGAGGAGGGAGAAGGUCAAUGUUUUUUUUUUUUGUGCAUUUGAAUUUUUUUUUCUGGCUCAAAUCCCCUUUCCAGCUUGAGUUAUUGGAGUGUCCACAUUUCAGAGUUUAUGAUGCAGGGGCUUGGGAUUGUGUACAAAAUGUGAGCUUUUUAUCUGCAAAACUUUCUCUGUAAAUAUGUUUUGGCCAAUAUUUUUGGUUCUCUUUAUUUUGUUAUCGUUUGAAGAUGUUAAUGGUUUUAUUGUAACUUUUACUAAGGGUAAAAUAAAUGUUUGAUCCCCUCUG